AUGUCGGACAACAGUAACCUCAAACGGUUCUUGGAACGUGAAUUCGCACGUGUGAAUGGAAAAAUAGAGAAAGUUGAACAGCAAAAUCGAAACAUCCUUGCCCAUUUUCGGACUACAAGGGAAUUAUUGACGAACUAUGGAAACGAACUCAAAGAGCUCAGAGAAUUAAAAAGAACUUUUCCUCUCGAUACCCUUGAAGAAAUCCAAGAUACGAUGGUAAAAUUUGCUGACCCGCAACAUGACUUCAGUAUCAAACGAGAAAUCGCGUACGCAUUAAGCAAUGCUGCCAACGACGACUGGCUUCGUGUCAUCAUUGCGGAUAAGGCGAUAAACGAAUACCGACGAUCUGACGAAAUAAGGAACCUGAACUUUAUUCGGCAUAUCAUCAAUAAUAUCACCCUAACACCUGAGAAAAUUUUCACGGGAUUGGUGGCAGCUGCAAAAGGAAGGAUUUAUGCGAAACAGCGUAGGGACGCUAAGAAGCGACCUCAUUCCGAGGGCUCGAAAGAAAACACGAAGCCAUCCAACCAGCAGCCGGGAUGUAGUCAGACGAAGACUAAUAGCGAAUUUGUUUAUUAUCGGGGUUGGAACCAGUUCCAACCCAGUGUGAAACCGAACUUUUUGUCAGUGCGAACCUGA